UUCAGUUUGCGAUUCAUAAUAGACGACGCUGCACGUAAUUUAUAGCCCACGAAGGGAUCGGCAAAUUGUACUUGAUAGAAUGGCCGCAGUCAGUGAAGAUUUUCUAAAGAAAUGUGAGGUGAAACACAAUGAAACGCUGGGCAGGUUUGUGAUUGCCUCGCGCCAUAUUGGAGCUGGAGAGACAGUGCUGUUGGAGCAGCCGACUCUCUUGCUGGCCAACAGUGCGGAUCGACGUUGCUGCAGCUGCCACAAGCUGACGACAUCGUUUUGCGGACAGUGUCGACUGUUGCCGCUGUGUGGCGAAUGUGCCAGUCACGAGAGCAGGGAUUGCCAGCGUCUAGCGAAUCUUCAGUUGAACGCCGAGCAAGUGGAGGAGCUGCAGACACACACAGAGGUCCAUGGCGCUCUAAAGUAUCUGCUGUUGCGGGAACACACCGAGACGCAGGCUCAGUAUGAGGAAUUGCUGCAGAUGGAGUCGCAGCUGGGUGUCAGACGUGAUACGGACAUUUGGAGACACUAUGAGGAGGAGGUAAUAGCGCCACUGCAUGCCACGGGCUUGCUGCUAAAGCUGCACAAUGGCGCUGACAUCGAUGCUGAGCUACUGCAGCGUUUGCUGGGCAUUGCGGACAUCAAUGCCUAUGAGAUACGUGCUCCUGAAACAGGUGGUGCCAUGAGGGGCAUCUACAUGCGAGCUGCUCUCUUUGCGCACAGCUGCCUGCCUAAUCUGGUGACGGCCAUCGAUGAGCAGCGGCAGAUUAAAAUCUACGCCAGUCGAGCUAUAGCUGCUGGAGAAGUUCUCUACAAUUGUUACACCAAUAUUCUGCUGGGCACCGAGGAGCGUCGGCAUAUUCUGAAGACUGGCAAAUGCUUCGAUUGUCAAUGUGUGCGUUGCUUGGAUCCCACAGAGCUGGGCACGCACAUGAGCAGUUUUGUCUGUACCAGCUGCAUACCUGGUGGUUACAUUGUUCGCCAUUCGGAUACUGGAGUUUGGCAGUGUUUGCUCAAUGCUGAGCAUACGCUGAAAGCUGAGUUCGUAGCCAAUGUUCUGGAGCGCGCCAAGGAGGAGGUGUUUCAUGCACGCGACGAUAUAUAUCGACUGGAACUGUUGCUCGUCAAGCUGGGACGUUUGUUGCAUGGCAAUCAUUACAUUAUGUUGGAUCUGAAGCAACAUAUUGCCUCCAUACUGCGACAGAUUCUGCAAAACAUGGCUCAUCGUCCCAAUCGUAAAGUUUAUGAACGAAAGAUUCGUUUGUGCCAAGAAAUAUUGCUUGUGCUAAAAGUUGUGGCGCCUGGACUUAACCGAUUGAAGGCCAUUGCCCUAUAUGAAUUGGCCAAUACCCAGGCAGAGUUGGGACGCAAGUUGUACAGCGAACAAGAGCACAAUGCUUCCGAUUUAUUGGCUGAGCUCCAGCAGACUGAAGUAAUGUCACGAGAAGCGCUUCGAAUGCUACUCUACGAGCCAAUUUCAACUCCUGAGGGUCAAUUGGCUCGCAAUAUGCUACGGGAAUUAAAAGAGCUGCAGAACGAUAUGAAAGCACUUCAGCAAUCAAAUGAUGAUGUUAUCAAUUAAAUUUAUCGUUUUGUUUUAUUUAAAAUACAGAUGUUAAUAACCGUUUAUUUAAAUCUUUUGAAAAACACCAAAUUUGAAUAGGCAAUAA